UUUUAAACAACAUCUUCAUUUUUAUAUGUUUUCGGGUUGUUUUGAAUGGUGGUUUUGUUGAGUAAUUUAACUUUCUGAUAAGAAGUCGAAUUUAUUUGUGAAAUCAUCUGCAGAUUUUACGUAAUGGCAACUGAUAAAUAUAUUCUCACUGAUAUAGAUAAAAAGCAGGUUGAUAAUAAUGGAAAUGAGAAAUUUAUAGUUGCUAUUGAUCAAGGUACAAGUAGUUCAAGAGUGAUUAUAUUUUCAAUCAACAAUGGAAGUAUAAUAGCUAUGCAUCAAAUAAGUGUAACACAAAGUUAUCCGUCACCUGGAUGGAUUGAAAUGGAUGCUAAUCAGAUUUAUACAACAAUUCUAGAAUGUUUAAAUAAAUGUGUGGAACAAUUAAAAUCAGUAGAUAAAAGUAUUAAAGAUAUUAUUGGUGUUGGGAUUACAAAUCAACGUGAAACAACAAUUGCAUGGAAUAGUGAAACAGGUGAACCAUUAGCUCCAGCUAUUGUGUGGUCUGACGCAAGAACUGCUGAUGAUGUUAUAAAAUUUACACAAAUGGCGCCUGGUAAUAAAUCGAAUGCUUUUCAGGAUUUAUUUUAUGGAUUUUUCUAAGACAAAAAGCCUUUAUCUUCGGAGAUUAUAUACUAACAUUCAUCGUUUGUUAAUCAUAUUACAGGUUUACCGAUACAUAGUUAUUUCUCAGCUUUAAAAAUGAAUUGGUUACUAAAUAAUGUAAAGUCAGUGGUUAAAGCAGAUGAAGAAAAUAAAUUAUUAUUUGGCACAGUUGAUUCAUGGCUGAUAUGGAAACUAACUAGUCAGAUGUGCCAUGUUACUGAUGUGACGAAUGCAAGCCGUACACUACUAUUUAAUUUGAAUAAAUUGGAGUGGGAUCAUGAUCUAUGCCAAUUUUUUCAUAUUAAUCCACGUACACUUCCGAAAAUAGUAACAUCAUCUGAAUUAAUCGGUGUUAUUCAAGAUUCAAAAUGUUUAAUGAAAGGCGUUCCUAUUUAUGGGAUAUUAGGUGAUCAACAAGCAUCACUUGUUGCACAAACAUGGGGACUGUCCAGUUCUGUAGAUGAAAAUAAUUUACCAGAUAUAUCCAGGGUUAAAGUAACGUAUGGAACUGGAGCAUUUAUGCUAUGGAAUAUUGGUUGUCAACCAUAUUUUUCAGAUAAAGGUGUUCUAACCACAAUAGCUUAUAAAAUGGGUUCAAAAGGAAGACCACAUUAUGCUUUAGAGAACGAAGGACAUUAGAAACAUUUUUUGGGUGCUAUAUCAUUUUCUGGGGCUACAAUGAGAUGGUUGAAGACAAAACUGGACGUGUUUAAAGAUGAUGCGGAAUGUGAGAAAUUGUCUGCUUCAGUAUACAGAAAACAAAGAUUUAAUGAACCAGAUCCAUGCUAUUUAGUCCCAGCAUUUAGUGGUCUUUUCUGUCCAUGGUGGCAAGAAAGUGCACGUUGUGUCAUAUGUGGAAUCACAGCGAAUGUUGAUAAAUCUGAUCUUGUUUAUGCUGGCUUAAGAUCAUCUGUUUAUCAAACAUAUGAUGUUCUCUUUGUGGCUACUUUAGCUAAAGCUAAUAAUAAAUGCAAUUCAAUAGUUCCAUUAAUGGCAUUAAAAAACCAAAUGAAAUUAUUGUUGAUGGUGGAAUGUCCAAUAGUGACAUUCUUAUGCAAAGUUUAGCUGACAUUUUGAGGUGCUAUAUCAUUUUCUGGGGCUACAAUGAGAUGGUUGAAGACAAAACUGGACGUGUUUAAAGAUGAUGCGGAAUGUGAGAAAUUGUCUGCUUCAGUAUACAGAAAACAAAGAUUUAAUGAACCAGAUCCAUGCUAUUUAGUCCCAGCAUUUAGUGGUCUUUUCUGUCCAUGGUGGCAAGAAAGUGCACGUUGUGUCAUAUGUGGAAUCACAGCGAAUGUUGAUAAAUCUGAUCUUGUUUAUGCUGGCUUAAGAUCAUCUGUUUAUCAAACAUAUGAUGUUCUCUUUGUGGCUACUUUAGCUAAAGCUAAUAAUAAAUGCAAUUCAAUAGUUCCAUUAAUGGCAUUAAAAAAACCAAAUGAAAUUAUUGUUGAUGGUGGAAUGUCCAAUAGUGACAUUCUUAUGCAAAGUUUAGCUGACAUUUUGAAUGUAACUGUUCGACGUCAUAAUCAUUCUGAUGUUAUGACUGCAUUAGGUGCGGCAGUUACUGUGGCAUUAGCACUGGAUAUUAAUCCAACUGGAUUAUUGAAAAUUCGAGAAUAUUCGACUAAUAAACCAGAUGAAUAUCAGUCAACAUUUUAUUCAAAAAUUAAUUCAAAUGAUCGCGCCGUUAAAUUAUACGGUUGGCAUGAAUCAGUUAAACGAAGUUUAAACUGGAUAUCGAAUAAAUCAAUAAGUGAAUCACAGAAUACACUUUUCGAUUUAUUGGACCAUAUCUGUAAUGAGCAACAUGAAGAUGUGAAGAAAAUUAAAGAAAAUCAGUGUCCAUUGAAUUCAUCACAAAAAAUAUCGUUUGGUCUAACAGUUAUUGGUGUAUUUUUACUUGGACUGUUGGUUGGUCAGAGAAUUAAAUGAUGUGUUUACGUUAUGCUUUAUCAUAUAUAUGGGAGGCGAUGAUUUUAAUUUCAGAACGAACUAUCUUAUUAUCAGUCAUUUUAUCUAUUUAAUAAAAU